CAGAACCAUGUUGUCACAGUUUUUACACAAACAAUACAAACAUGUAUAAUAUGAUUUCAUUUCUUUUAUUUAAAACAGAAAAGAAACAAUUAUAAGAAUUAUGCCCACUGCAGCAUAAGCAAUCUUUGUUUGUUACACUUAAAAUAAAAAUCAUCCAUACCAUUUAUGUAUUUAAAUUGUUUUGUUUUAAUUUUCAUACAUGGAUAGAUACACCGUUAAAAUCAGGAGUAAUGUCUAAAGUAAAAAGGCCUUUCAUACGUGUUAUCCCUUUUUGAAGUUUUGCUUUGUAUAGAAUAUUACCACGAGUUGGGUCAACUAUAAAUCUUGUUAGACAAAUUUGUAUUACUUGUAAAACCAUCCUUUCAGCCAGCUGGCCAGCAGUGUGCAGCUAAAGAUGAAGAACAUUCUGCUCGCUCUGGCAUUGCAUGUUGUAAAAUUUAAAGAAAUUAAAUCUGUAUGACAACAAAGUUUUAAAACACAUUUUUAUAUUUUUUUUUUACACAGAAAUAAAUAUAUUAACGGAGACUGAAAACAAACGUUUUCCAUUUGGUUAACAGGAUCUGUUAGUAGUUGUUCAUCCAUUGCUUGAAAACAAAUUCAGUAUCUUCUUUGGGUUAAAAAUAAAAACCAUGACAAAAAAUGUAAGCAUGCCUAAAAAGCUAAUGUUAAAGUGUUUUUGCACUGAUUUAAUUUCACUAUUUGGUUGUUUUUUUUAUUAUGUUUUAUAUUAUUUAUGCAGAAGCUACUAUGUAGAGCACACAUCUCUUUCAGGUCUAUGAAGUCAAAGUAUAAAGAAGCGGUACUGGCACAGAGAAACAUAGAGACUGUCUUUCAAUUCUAAAGUUUUAUGAAUAUUAAAAAUGUAUUUGAUCCAUACCAUAAAUGUAAUUCAGGUAAAUCCAACCACAGAUGAGCAAUAAUGCCUAACCUGUCAUCAUUAACCACAAACGGAGCUAAAAUGCAGGAGUUAAUGAAAAACUAAUUUGCCAUAUGGUGCUACUAUAGGGUUUAAAAGAAGAGUUGCUGUAUAUCAAAAAUAUGGAUACCCUGAUAUUCAGCAACUAUGAACACCUCUAUAAAAGUGUUAACACAAUGCCCAGAUGGAAAGACAACAGCAAUGAAAUCAUCCCAGGUUCAGCAAAUCUCAGAAAAAUUCCAAAAUCCCAGUAAGAGCUCCAUUUUAGACACACUGGUCUUAGAAUGUUACCAUGUAUCAUUCAUGGGUUUGUUUGAUUGCCAGGAAAACAAGUGUAUCCUCUCUGGAAAGAACAUGGUAGCAGAGUAAUUUCCAUCUUAGCAGAACUCAAAAUUUCUGAAAUGACGUCUUUUAAAGUAAUAGGGUUAAAGUGUAGAGGUUUGGUGCAAGAUUUAAAGUGUCAUGCUUGGUGACAACCAAACGUCAUACCAACUGCCAAGAACAGUGGUGGAGGGGUGAUUAUUUGGGUUUGUUUUACAACCACAGGACCUGGGGACCUUGCAGUCCCUGAGUGGACCAUGAACCUCUGUCAGAGAGAUGAAGCCUGUUCCAAACUGAGACAUUUGCCUUUUUAUUUAACUUUUGUUUUCUAUGUAGAGGCCACUCUUUUGUGUUGAUAAAGACCUUGUCUCGGUUUAAUUAUUUUUUUAGUUGUAGGCAUGUUAAUAGCUGUGUUGUAUUCACUGAAAAGAACAGAUGGAUUUUUCAUUUUGUCAUGAUAACCUUAGAAAUUAGAAAAAGGUUUACAUUAUUUUAAUUAUAGGAAAUUAUUGCUUAAUGCUUGAUUAAGAUUACUUUAUUGAUCUCACAAUGGAGAAAUUAACAUGUUACAGCAGCUCUUAGUAACACACAAGUAUGGAGCAGAUAGUUAGGAAAAUGUGCAAAAACAAGUAAUAAUAAAAUAAAAAGUCGGUUAGGGUAAAUUAAAAGUAAUCUUAGUAAAUCUGGACAAUACUAACACCUACCAGUCUGGAAAAGGGUUAGAAAGCAGUUUCUAAGGCUUUGGGACUCCAGAGAACUGCAUAAAGAACUGUUAUCCACAAAUAGAGAAAACACGGAACAAUGAAAAAACCUUCCCAGGAGCGGCCAACCUACCAGAAUUACUCCAAAAGCAUAAUUUGCGUUGAAGGGCAAUGAGACAAAGAAAACCAUCAAAUGGUCCAAAAAAAUAAGGUUUUGGAGUGGAGGAGGAUCCAGGAUGUCCCAGAAGAACCCAGAACAACAUUUAAAUCAGUACUCAAUUCCCUCACCUCAGGGUUAAUGAUUAAACAAAAAUCAGAGACUGGGCAAAAAUGGUCUUCAUGAGAGAGUUCCAAGGUCAGAAUCCCUGCUGACCAAGAACUAGACUAGAAAACAUCUUGAUGAUUUUCAAGACUUUUGGGAAAAUGUUGUGAGGACUGAGGAAACAAAAGUGGAACAUUUUGGGAGAUAUGCGGGACGAAUUGUAGUGUAACAGGAUGUUACAUCUAGUGUAAAAUGAAAUUAGUAUUUCAGACAUACAUGAAAAGUCAAACAUGAUGGUGGGAAUUUAAUGGUUGGCUUUGCUACUUCAGAGUCUGUACAGGUUGUUGUAAUUAAUGGAACCAUUAACCUUGUGUUCUACCAGCAAAUUCUGGAGGAGAAUGACUCAGCAUCAGUUUGUGACUAUAAGCUCAAACUCACUUGAGUUAUGUAACAGGACAAUGAUCCAAAGCACACCAGGAAGUCCCAAUGACCACAAAAAACAAAAUGAAGAAAACCCUUCCAAUGUGGCUGAAUUAAAACAAUCCAGCAAGGCAGAGUGGGCCAAAAUUCGUCCAAUGAAAUAAGACUCAUUGCCAGCUUUCAUAAACUGCUGUUUCCAAGGGUCAAACACCCUGUUAUUAGGUUUAGGGGGUAAGUACUUUUUUCAUAUGGUACCAGGUUGGUGUGGGUAGAUUUUGUUUCCUUUAAUAGAUAAAAUCACUAUUUGAAAACUGUUUUUGUAUUUACACAGGUUAGCUUUGAUGUGUAUUUCUGGACAAAUUCAAAAAUGUGCUUGAUGAUCUGAAAGAUGAAGAGGUCAAAAAUAUUUUUUUUAAGGGGCAAAUACAUUUUCUACUGCAUUGUAAAUAAUAAAAUGACAAGUAUUUAGCUCUACCAACACAGUUUUCUGUACACAUUUCAUAUUUUUCAUGUUUGAAGAAACGUGACCAUUAAUGUUCAGAUUUCAAUGAAGUCUGAUUUUGACCUGACAAUAGAAAAAUAUGUGUAUUCUUGUCCUAUCCAAGCCAUACAAUGCCAGAGUGACAUGGCAGUGGAGCAGUAGUUGGCACCAUGGUCUCCCAAUCAGAAGAUUGUGGCUUCAAAUCUUACCCGGGAAGUUUCCAAGCAGGAUUUGCAUGUUCCUGCCAGAGACAAGGAGGAAACUUGCUGCUUUACACAAUUCAUAGCUGGAGAUGUUAAUAUAUGUUGCCUAUAUCCCAUGUGCAUGCAACCUAAAGGUGGCAGCUUGGUUCUACCUUUUGGCAUUAAUAAUCUGAACCUGCUUUGGAAUCUAUCCUGCCAUUUUAACAGGACUUGGUGGAAAAUAAGAUGUUGAAUCUCAAAAUGACAUUCCUUGUUAAAACACGAACUGAAACAGGACCAGCUUGGUGAAAUUAAGUGAUAUGCAGCUGACCAGGUAUCAAAUGUUGACCCAGAAACACACUUAGCAUAACAUUUGGAAUCUGAUUAAGGAAAACAAGAUUUGUCUAUGUAACAAAAAAACCCACUAGAAGACUAAAGAACUGACUGUAUACUGUCUAAACCUAUUGACACCGAUGAUGCUCUUACCGACAGGUGACAAAACAAAAAGCCCAAAAGCCCUUUGGAUGAGUGACAACCCAGUUCGGGUCAGUUACUGGUGUCAACAUAUACUGAGGUUUUAAAAAAGUCAGUCUUUUAAAACCACAAACAUUUUCUGGCAUGUUUCUACAGUUUGAAAAUGUUUUGAAAAGAUGCCAGACAGCCCCUUCCCCCACCUGUUGCUGAACAAUUUUCAACCAAUCUUAAAUUAUUCCCGUUUUAAAACCAGAUUUUGCAAACUAUGAGCAGCAUAUCUGUAAAAAUGCAGACGGCCACUAAUUAAUAUCAGCUUAUGAGACUCCAAGUUACUAUACAUACACUACAAGAAAAAUGUUUAGACACACCUUUGUCAUUCAAUGCCUAAUCCUUAUUUUUAAUAUUUUUACAUUGUAGAUCCAUAAUGAAGACAUCAAAACUAUGAAGCAGAACUAAGUAAAAUUAUGUAGCAAUCAAAAACCUGUGAAAUAACUCAAAACAAUUUUAUACUUCAGAUUCUUCAAAAUAGGCUCGCUUUUAUUACUGCGUGGUACACUCUUGAGCUUCAUGAGGUAGGCACCUCUAAUGGUUUUCCAGCAGUCUUGGGAGUUCCUAUAGAUAGGAAUAAAAAUAAAGACAAACCACUGAAUGAGAAAGUAUAAACUCAGUUUUGCCCAGAACCGCCCUCAGACUGUUCCAUAGGAUGACAAAGCAUGCCAAUCUACUGCUCAUCUUAGCCCCGAGGUCUCUACGACAGAAAAUGUAAAAAGUAGAUGGAAAUAAGUGGGUGAACCAUCAUAAAACACAUCCAGAUUGAUGUAGGGGCUCUGGGUCAACUUGUUCCUUUAAACUCAUUUUAUAGCUACUUUCCUCUUUUUUCGCCUUGCCUGUAAACAAUUUCAUAGUCAUGUAUUCUAACCAGGUUAUUUGUCAUUAAAAUAUUUAAUGAGUUAUUUAAAAAAUGUUAAAAUCUCAAUAUUUUAAUCACAGUUGUGAAAACUUUAAUGUCCAUUUAGUUUGGGUUCUGAUUCACAUUUAGGCCUGUUGAUUAGUAAUAUGACAGAUUUUGACCCCUGAUCAGAUCAUAAUAAACCUGAGAGACUUCUUGCACUUAGAGAUUAUGUAUUGAGGAGGAAUAGUGUACUGUAAGGAAAUGUGGCUAAGAGAGGAAUAUAGGAAAUUAUUGUAGUCAACUGUCAAAGCACGUAUGACUAAGUGCAUGAAACAAUGUGUGGAAAGCAGCUUAAUUUCAUUCAUUACCUCUUUCAGCACUUGUACCACACAUAAAAUCAAUUAACUAUUUUCUCCUUAUUAAUGUAGGAAGAUGGUGAUGCCUAACUUUGUUGUUUUAUUGGAACAUUACUUACAUCAUCAAUCAUAUUAACUUACUAAAAGAUAAAGACAUGAAUCAAAUACAUUAUGCAGUCAUAAUGGCAGUUCUACAUCAGCGAGCUCCUAUAGUAUUGAACACAGCACAACAGCUUGUGUGCAGUUCACGGUACAACGCAGAAAAUACGUCAGAACAUCAAAAUCAUUACGUCAUUUACAAGCGCUACUAUCGUUUGCAACAGCGCCCCCCAUGGCCACGUGUCUUUUUCUCCCACUAGUCCGCAACCCAACAGAUUCCAAGUCGUUCUGGUUCAACAGACCGCGCCCGUACGUCAUCCCACGCUGAAUUUCUUCACAGACACGUUAUCCAGAUUUAUAAACCUUGCAUUUAUAAAACAUGCAAUGCGAUGGCGUUCAAGAUCCCAUCCUUCUCGAUUAAUUUGUCCGUUUCGGGUCUGUAGGCGAUAAUAACGGAGUCAAGGCAAUAACCCCACCUUCCAGCGUGUGUUACCCUUCUUCCACUCUCCAUCUGCAGACGCCAUGACGGGAGGACGACCUCUCGCGCAUUAAAACCCGUCACAAACAACAUGGCGGAAGCUGAACACCAGACUCAGACCAAUAUGUUAAAUACAGAACAUAAACUGACCGAGAUGUCCACAUCUCAAACACAAAUGCACACUAAGGCAACUGAUUCUAUUCACACAACCACAUGUUAAAAAAAACUACGUCAAAUAUCAAGCCACAAGAACAAUAAAGAAAGCACUAUAAUGAGAACAUUAACAACUCGUUACGGUACGGAUGUGUGAUGCGAAGCUUCCGUCGCAAUUUCUCUUAAGUUGUACUUCUGUUCACAGAAGAAAACAUGGGUCCAGAUUCCUGUUCUUGCUGACCCGACAGAGCUCAGCCUAGAGCCCCCAGUAUCUCACACAGAGAGGGAGGCUUCUGAAUAGCAUAGCAGAGACAGCCCUGGGGUCUCUUCCUGUGGUUCCGACGUCGAAUCCGUGUUUGCGUAGCUGAAAAACGUUUUAGACAGGUGGCCUUUGUAAGAUGGCGUCUGAGUCUGCGCAGUUCCGGAGGAAGACGACGGUGAUGUUGGUGACGUAACAGCAAAAAAAUUCGUGAUGUUUUUUUUUUUUGGAAGAAUGAUGGUCCUCAUGUGGACGCCAGACCGACGGAUUAAUCGACGUUAAGGACGGAUAGAUGUGGCAACAAGACACUCUCCGUGUGCUCUGAUAGACAGAAGGAUGCCAUCUUGAAAUAUGCAAAGGAGUGGGAUCCUUCAGGGAUCUGUUCAUGGCCUCUACGAAGACUCGUCAAGGUAUGGUGUUCCUGAAGGAAGGGGCAUCUGCCCCUGCAGCAGCUCCAACAGCUGAUCAGUCACCUGCAUGCCUUGUGGGUUUGAGAACAGGAAUGACGCAAAAAAGUGGGACUGUUCAAGGCCUCUGUAUGUCCAGUGGUGAAGACCAGAUUAGUGGGAAACACAAGAUGUACCCAGCUAUGGAGGCCAUCAUUAAGACGGGUGAACGUAAACAUCCCACAAGCCUAAACUCUCCUUCUGAUACCCCAUCACCUGACUGUGUCUGUAAAGAUGUCAAAGUGACACUAGACAACAACAGCAUGUGGAAUGAGUUCUUUAAAUGUAGAACAGAAAUGCUUCUGACCAAACAAGGCAGCAGAAUGUUCCCUUACUGCCGCUUCCGAAUCUCUGGCUUGCAGUUGUCAAGGAAGUACUCUCUGAUCAUGGACGUUGAACCUUUAGACAACAAUCAGUACAAAUGGACGGGUGAGAGUUGGCAAGUUUGCAGAAAAGCAGAGCAUCAUGUAAAGAGUAAACCUUUCGUUCAUCCAGAUUCCCCAGCAACAGGUCAACACUGGAUGCAGAGUCCAGUGUCUUUUUACAGACUGAAACUCACAAACAACAUCUCAGACCAGGAGGGGAACAUUAUCCUGCAUCCCAUGCACCGCUAUUUACCGCAACUGCACCUGGUCCCAGCAGAUAGAGCCGUAGAAGACUUAAAAGUGAAUGGUCCCAAUGUUCUCACUUUCACUUUCCCCCAGACUGAGUUUAUGACAGUCUCCACAUAUCAAAACCCACAGUUUACUCAGCUGAAGGUUAAUUACAACCCAUUUGUUAAGAAACUGAAGGAGGACCGAGUCAAUUCAUAUGGCUUAAAGCUCAAAGGAAUCUUGGGCAAAGAGUUGAACAGUUCCGAAGAUAAGAGGAACACUGAGCGGCAUCCUGUAAAGAAGAGCUUAAAAGUUUUGCUAGCAAACCAUAAACCUAGACAUUCAAAAGCAUCAGACUUAAAACUACCAGCGCCAAAAGAGCCUCAGGAAAAAUCCAUGACGAGCGAUACACAGUCUGCUGCCAAUGUUCCGAGGGAAAGUCCAAGAAGCGGUUCAUGUCCAGCGCCCAAGUUAAUUUCUGAGCUAAUUUGCGAGGCUCAUGUUUCACUGCAGAGAUGUCACAUGGAGCAACGCGGCAGCAACCCCAGCAACUCUCCCAGAGCAGCACAAAGUAACACUACGUCCACAACUUUGACUGACAGGAAUAAACAGAGUGUUGUUCACAAGAACAAUGGAUCUGUCACUACACCCACCAGGAAUAGUCUAACUCUUGAAACAACUAGAAACAUUAAAGACAAUGAGCAUCUUUCUAACUCGUUUAAUUAUAUGGCCGAUGUCAGAACAGACUCUUCAGCUGCUGCUCCAACAGGAGGCCAGGUUUCCUUGAACAAAUCUGACCAACAAUGUAUUGUAGGCGAUGCACUGGAUGGUGUGAAGCAACAGAAACGGCCAGCUCGGCUCCCGCUACCAGCACUUGCACUUUUUCUAAAGCAGCAUUCAACAAAAUCUAAAAAGGCAAAGAACAAAAUGGACACUGCUCUUGAAGCAUCUCUGCCUGAGGACCGCGGUUCUCCAGGUUCUGCUGCAGUGGCUCAACAGGAAACCCGUGUCAAACCAGUCAUGGAGAACUGUGGAAAAGAUGUUCUACCAUAUGAAAAGGUUUUGAAUGUUACUGAACAGGAAGUUGAAACAACUCUUCCGCCAUCCAGCCCAUCCAGUCCAGUCCCUGUCAUUCCUUUAGAGACAGUGGGACCCAAACUUGAAAACCCCUUCAUCUCCAUUUCUGAAGGUUUAGGAUCAGGGCAGAUGGUCCCUUAUCAUAAAACAUUAAACUCUGAGAAUACAUUUGGGUCUCCUGAGGUGUCUACACUCACCCUCUCAACAUGUUCUACCUCUGCAUCAUCUGAUUUGUCCAUACAUCUCAGUACAUCAUUGUCUCUCCCAGACUCAUCCAAAGCACCAGCAGAGUCUUCCACACUACCUUCAGGUUCUCGCUCCAUGAAGAUUGACUCUGUGCUCCCAGACCCUCAGUGUUCCUCAAUUGACUUUGAUCCUUUGUCACCUGCGAGCUCCCCAGAACCUUUACCGCCUCUUCCAGCCUCAUUAGCUUUAGAACUUGACUCUGCAACAUCUGCUGCCGCAAGUACAGCAAGUACAGACUCUUUUGAAGACCCCCAACACAGCAGGAACUCGUCGGUCUUUAAAUGGCAUACAGUAUUACCUCUGUCUGGAACUUAUACAAACCCUUCUUUCCCAACAUUACAGCUUCAGGAGCAGUCAACCCCUUUAAUGUCACCUUUGUUGUCCUGUCUUCCCGAGCCACAGACUAUUAAUACUUCAACAUCAACCCCUCCGAAAGACCCCAUUCCAUCAUUUCAAGAGACCGAACAGUCUCUGCCUUUCCCUGCGGAGUUGUCCCCCCUUGCUCUUCAGCUCCCACUGUCUCCGACCUUCUCUUCUUUAGAUGAAGAUGGGUUGUCCCCUACAACUUCCCUCUCAGAGCUUGUGCACUUUUUCUCCACCGACGACGACAUUGGAGUGGAGUUUUCAAACACAGACACGCUGGCUGUUCCUAGUCAGCCUUUACCAGUUUCUGAACUUCCACAGCCCUCUGUGAUGGUCCAACCAAUCUUAGCCAGCAAGCCCCACAAGAGAAAGAAGUCAUCCAGGGCUACAAAGCUUGCCAGGUUAGAUGUGGGUCGCGAUGGGAAUGACUACAGAAAUAAGCAGCCCAAAGUUGAAGAAGUUGAGGAGCAGCUUUUUAUCUCUUUCACGUCUAAGGAGGCCCUAAAACUCCACACUGCCGAGUCAUCUGAAGAGCUGCUCCCUGACCCUCAGCUGACACUUGACACCGAAGCUGCUGAAGAACCGGAGAACAGCAAUAGGGCAGAGUGUGUAGAGGAGACAAUUGAGGUGAAUGAGGAUAUUCUUCUUCGAGACUUGAAGCUUAUGAAACACAGGCAGGUCAUCCACCCUGUGCUGCAGGAAGUUGGUCUUAAGAUGACUCUCCUGGAUCCAGGUCUGUCCAUCGACUUGCAGUACCUGGGAGUGUGUCUUCCCAUCCCCCCUCCUGGAGUUGUUACGGAGCCACUAACGCAGACAGUCCCGACAUCUCAGGGGGUCUUUGCUUCAUUUCAGUCCAGAACAGGAAAAACUACAGAUGUGACCCAGAUUAAAGGCUGGAAGGAGAAAUUUACCCCAUUGGAGGCUGAACCCACCUCAGCUCCCAAACCUGAAGUAUAUCCCAGUUCAGAUGUCCCAAAGAAGAACCUGUCGGCAUUCUGCAGCGAUAUGCUGGAUGAGUAUCUGGAAUCGGAGGGGAAACUGAUUGAUGAGCGAGCCUCGAGUUUUUCCCAGCCACCAGUGGAGGCGCCUGCCUAUCAGCUCCCUGUAAGCAGCGCCAGCUAUGUCCGGACAGUGGAUCACGUCCUAAAGAAACCCACAGCUGGCUCACCUGCCUCAGACAUCAUAUCUGGAUUCAUCCCCCCAUCAAAGAGAUCCCGACUCAAAGCAACAUGCAGGAGGGCAGAGAGGAAACAGAAAGGUCCAAAACAGAACAAAAUCAAAACAGGUUCUACUGUGCCUGAGUUGACAGCAGCUGCACAAAUGCAUAAUGCUGUACAGACACCUGGUGGCCUCUCUCAGACCACAGAACCUCAGAACGAAGCUACUUUUACAAAGAGAAGAAGACUGAAACCCAGGACCUCAUCUCAGAUCUUCGGUGCUUCUAUGCCGCUGAAAGUGUGUGAGGAUAUGGCUCCACUGGAGUCUGACUCUGAGCUGGGGCCAGACUCAGCGCUGAAACAGCCUUCCGAUCGGACUGUGGACACCCAGAAAAAAGAAAGCAGAGCCACAGUGACCCGGGCCUUUGCCAGGCUGAAGGAGCUGGAGGACGGCGUGGUGUGGGAGGGCUGCUUCCAAACCAGCAUCACAGAAGAGAGGGCCACCAUCGCAUUAACUUCCCUUUUCACUCAAACUGGUUUUGUAACAGAAAACCCGACGGCUCCGAUCAGACUGAAGCAAAGACGAGCUAGGCACUGUCUGAACGAGUUCUGCAGGCUCGGAUGUAUCUGCUCCAGUUUGUCUCACUGUUCCAGGAUCAGCCACUGCGGCCACCCCUCCUGCAUGUUCGGCUGCAGCUGCCUUAAGCAGAAGGUGGUCCUCCUCAAGAACCUGGACAGCUCUGACUCCAGCCCCACCUCCCCACAUUGCAAAAUCAAAAAGAAGAGGAGGAGGAUGUUGAAGAUGGCCUAUGUCCUGAAAGAGGCGGACACGGUGACCCACCCUGCGGAGCGGGUUCGGACUCUGUGGAGGAAGAAGGCUGAAAACUCAGAUUCAGAACCUGUCCAUGCACCCGAUGUGGUCCCCUUUCUCCAUCCACCUGUGAAAAGCAAAUAUCACAACAGCUGUGCCAGAGUCCGAGGCUUCAUGGGAAAGAUGCAGAAACACAAGGAAGAAUCCAAAGAGCGGAAAUUAACCAGACGUAAAGCUGCGGGACUAAAAUCCCUGAAACAUGGAGAACAGAUCCCAAAGCAGACUAAAGCUAAUGUUGAAAUACCCAGACCUCAUUCUGCAGCCAAUGAAAGCCAAGCACCAAACUUUAACCCUCCAAGUCCUUCAGAAGUGCUCCACCCAUAUCCAUCAAAACGCCUGCUCAUCCUGGCUGACUGCAAGUGGGGCAAUGACAAUGAACGCAGCUAUGUGUUGAAGAAGCUGUGUGAGGCGAUGGCUCUGGAACAACUGGGUAAACCUUUCUGGAUCAAAAAGUACCUCAUCACUCCAAUCGAAGAGACUGUGGAUGAAAGUGGAGCAAACAAGUGUAUCCAGUAUAAGGUCCAGAUCUCAACACCCAAUCUGGAGAGGGAAAAGGGUGCACUGGUAAAACCAGUCACACAGAGAAGCAAACAAGGCAAUAAACCAGCAGCUCAACACAGACAGGACAACCAUUCUGAAUUGAUUCCAAAGAAGAGGAAGCCUCGUAAAGAUGGUAAGAAAGUAAUUCAUCAGUUCUCCACAGAUGCUGUGGAGAACUGGCAGGAGGAAUUGAUGGAGGAGGUGGAGCCCGUGGAGGACUGGCAGAAGGAGGUGGAGCCUGCAGAGGACUGGCAGAAGGAGGUGGAGCCUGCAGAGGACUGGCAGAAGGAGGUGGAGCCUGCAGAGGACUGGCAGAAGGAGGUGGAGCCUGCAGAGGACUGGCAGAAGGAGGUGGAGCCUGCAAAGGACUGGCAGAAGGAGGUGGAGCCUGCAGAGGACUGGCAGAAGGAGGUGGAGCCUGCAGAGGACUGGCAGAAGGAGGUGGAGCCUGCAGAGGACUGGCAGAAGGAGGUGGAGCCUGCAGAGGACUGGCAGAAAGAGGUGGAGCCUGCGGAGGACUGGCAGAAGGAGGUGGAGCCUGCGGAGGACUGGCAGAAAGAGGUGGAGCCUGCGGAGGACUGGCAGAAGGAGGUGGAGCCUGCGAAGGACUGGCAGAAAGAGGUGGAGCCUGCGGAGGACUGGCAGAAGGAGGUGGAGCCUGCGGAGGACCGCCAAAAGGAGGCGGAGCCUAUGGAGGACUGCCAGAAAGAAGUUAAGGAGGAUGAUAUACAGAAGGAUGGAGAAGAAUGCAAAAGUUACCAGGCUAGACAUGAGCUGGAAAGAAUCACAGAUGAAUUGAAUUCAGUUAACAGGAGGAGGGCUGGCUUGGCUCUGCCUUUCCUGACAGGACCACCACCUGCUGGUUUCCUCUCAGCCAAUAAGAAACAGCUUGGAGGAUCAGAUCACGUAAUACAGGUGAAUGGGAAGCAAUACCCAUUUGCGAAGAUUGAGUUGGGCAGGAUGGGGGCGCUCCAUCCAGCCAAUCGUCUGGCAGCUUAUCUAACAGGUCGAGCGGGGUCUCAGAGGCAGAAACAGGCUUCUUCAACGUCCGAGCUGUCUUGCAAACAUCAGAGUUCCCCCCAUUUUACCUCUUCAGCUUUCUGUGUGCCACCUGCUCCUCCUGCCCCCACUGUUACCACAGCCAGGCUCCAAACACAGCAGUCAGUCUCUAAGCCCAUUCUUCCCAGCCCUCCUGAAGACUCUGAGACCAAAAGCUUGGUGGUUGGAUCUUCAAACCCAUCUCUGAACUUGACACCUACUGUAGACCCUCACCCGUUGUUGGUUCAGGUUCCAAGUCCUCGUAAGGCUGUUAAUUUGCCCCCCCCUCGUAUUCCGAACACUCAGUUCAUGGGUCAAAGGAUGGUCCUGAAACCAGUUCAGUCAUCAUCAUCAGGCAUCCAGUAUUAUCUAAAACCUGAUGGAUCCUUGGUCCAGCUGAUUCCCACUUUCCAGAUGAGACCAGUUAAUCCUUCAUCAACCUUUCAGGGAGACUCUGAGCCUAAAAACUUGGUUGUUGGAUCUUCAAACCCAUCUCUGAGCUUGACACCUCCUAUAGACCCUCAUCCGUUGUUGGUUCAGGUUCCAAGUACUCGUAAGGUGGUUAAUUUACUCCCCCCAGUGAUUCCGAGUACUCAGUUUACAGGCCAAAGGAUGGUCCUGAAACCAGUUCGGUCAUCAUCAUCAGGCACCCAGUAUUAUCUAAAACCUGAUGGAUCAUUGGUCCAGCUGAUUCCCACUAACCAGUUGAGACCAGUUAAUCCAUCAUCAACCAUACAGGGAGUCAUUCCUGCUUCCUGCUCUCAGGUGGCUCCUGUAGCUGCUGUGAAAAGGCCAAGUCUGCCCAACUUAUGCUCUUCAACAUCUUCAGCAGUAUACUCAUCUCUGCUUUUAGCUUCAUCAUCCCCAGGAUCCUCAUCCUCGUCUUCCUCCUCCGACUCUGUACUGCAACCAUCUGCUUCUGUGUCCCAGCAGAGGACCUGCACUUUAAAAAUCAUCCCGCCCCACCCUGUCAAGGACCCCAUCAUUAUCAAACUCCCUCACCUGCCCCCCACCCAGGUAGUGAGUUCUGAAGGAAGCCUCAUAGGGCCUCAGGGUCCAAGCCACCCAGUUGUCCCUGUGAACGACACCACCCUGAAGCCCCCUGUGUGUCAAAAGGCUGACUUGGAGGUCAAAUCAGUGGCAGUAACUGAGGGCGUGGCAGCCGAACACCGAAGUAUUUCACCACAAACCCAACCGACCAUCCAGACACCUACAGAGCCUGCCAUUCCCAGGAUGCCUCCAACCCCGGCACAGUCUCCCCCACCCAAGCCCACCUCUGAUUUGCCCCACCCUGAACAGGAGAUGAACCUGGACGUUGUGUGUGUGGAAGCAAUCGAAGUGGUGGACUUAGUGUCCAGUAGCGAGACAGAGGACUCGUCAGACUUCAGAGAGUCUGACAUUGAAGACGAGAAGCAGCUAAUUGCAGACAAACAGGCUGUAAAGCGGAUCCAGCACCAGAUUAGCUCUGAAGACCUGAAGAGGAAGGGAAAAAGUCUAAAGAAGAGUCGGAAAGAAUACCUGUCAAUUCAUGGUCUAUCAGCAGCAAACCGGGCCGCUGCUGCCAGGAUGGAUGUGAAGGAUCGGUUCUACAUCUCAUCUGAGGAGGACGGCCCUAACAGGACAACUGUUACUAAUGGUGCUGCUGCAGCUGGUGAGUUAUCGGGUGAAUGCCAGCUGAGGACCUGUCAGCAGGCGGUGGAGGAGGAGAAGGCUUGGCACCGUACUUUGGAAAAGCUGGAGAAGAACAGCGGAUAUGGAACAGCUCAGCAGAAGAUGGAGAUGAUGAGUAGUUCAGACAUGGACACUGAGGUGGAAGCUCUCAGCCCUGCCAUAGAGUCCCCAAACUCUCCAAGGACGCGGCUGCAGGACCAGCGCCAUAUACACAGUAUGAAUGAGAGAAAGCUACGAGCCCAGAUUCAACAGAUGCUCCGUGAGUUGCAGAAGGAGGUGGUCCCAACCACAACCAAUAACAAGAUGUCCAAAAUCUCCAUUCUGAAAAAGGCUGUAGAGCUGAUCCAGGAGCUGAGGAGCUCUGAGGAAGACCUGAAGAGGAAGAAGAGAAGUCUGAAGAGGAGUCGGGCUGUGUACCUGUCAAUUCUUGGACAAUCAGCAGCAAACCGGGCCGCUGCUGCCAGGAUGGAUGUGAAGGAUCGGUUCUACAUCUCAUCUGAGGAGGACGGCCCUAACAGGACAACUGUUACUAAUGGUGCUGCUGCAGCUGGUGAGUUAUCGGGUGAAUGCCAGCUGAGGACCUGUCAGCAGGCGGUGGAGGAGGAGAAGGCUUGGCACCGUACUUUAGAAAAGCUGGAGAAGAACAGCGGAUAUGGAACAGCUCAGCAGAAGAUGGAGAUGAUGAGUAGUUCAGACAUGGACACUGAGGUGGAAGCUCUCAGCCCUGCCAUAGACUCCCCAAACUCUCCAAGGACGCGGCUGCAGGACCAGGCUCCUCGGGAGGUCCAGAAGCUUCCAGCAGAGACGGAGAGACUGUUGUUCAUCCAGAGCUCGAAGAAAAAAGAUAAUCGAGACACACACAUCCAGGACGUCUGCGGCACAUCAGGGACGGAGAAGCUGCAGCAGCUGCUGACCAAUCAGACCAAUCAAAAGCAGACUGAGAUCGAGACGAGGCAACGCAUGGCCGCUGAGGUACUAGUGGAGGGUGCCUACUGUGUAGCCCCACCUGCAGGAGUUGCUGACCCCCUGCAGUCACCACAGGCUCCUCCCUGUCAGGGUUUGGGUAAUGCGUCUGGAACGAUUAAACGGACAAAGACUGUUCCCAACAUUCUGUCUCGCAGCAGGAAUCAAACGCUGCCUCUGAAAACAUCAGCUGAAAAGGUACCUAACUUGGACAAGGGGCUUUUCGCUAUUCAGCCAGGAAGCACAUCGCACCAAACCCAGGAACUUCAGCCCCCACCUGCUGCAGGACUGUCUCCGGUUCUGCUGCUCUCUGCUAAAUGCAACCAGGUCAGAGGCCACCACCAGGGUCUAGGUCAGCCCCUCAGUCCCGCUGCCUCUCAGAGCUCAGUUUCAGGCAUGUACCCUCACCUAGAUGUACAACAGACUGAAACUGUUGGACAAUCACCCCGUCAGGACCCGGACAAUGAGAGCCUGUCGUCCCUCCUGAAUGAAAUAGUUUUUCUCAACCAGCAGACUGUUGCCGCGGAUACAACAGCAGGUACAUCAGCAGUGAAAGAUUGUCUUCAGGGUUCCUCGGUGGGUGGAUCUGAGGAACAGAGACUGGCCUCAGAGCACCUUGGGCCAACUUCAGGGAACACUACUGAAGGUGUCCUGACCCCACCCCCUCUGCUGCACAUGAAAGUGGGAGGGGCCAAAGUGCCAGGACUCAGCACCAAUGAUGGAGCAGCAGUUGGAGGUGGAGGAAGCGGUCGUUUGGCCUGGAGGCCAAUGCCGAGGCUAGUUCCUCUGGGGCUGAGAGGAAACUCUCCUAGCUGACUGUGGGAAAUCUGUGGCAGGCCGACGGAUUCUUACUGGUUCUGAAGGCCGAUCCGACUGAUGUUUUUAACAAGGCCAUGUUUUGUCUGUUUCAGUUCUCAAAGCUGAGUUCAGCAAUAAAGUUGCAGACUUUGUGGACUGAGAUAAUGUUAUCUGUCCUGGAGCAGGGCAGAAAUGAGCUGAGCGAUUAAACUACAGAUGUUUUGGUUCUGAUCCAAGAAAAAUAUUUACAAAUUGUUUAAACAAGAUUUCCUUGUGCGAAUAUUGCCACCUGUGAAACUUUCAGUAUAACCAGGAGGAGAACAAGAGGUGUUGAAGGAAAAAAAAGACAGAUGCUUUAGUAUCAGACAGCAGAAAUCUGGACCAGACUGAACCAUUUCAGAAUCAGCAGUAUGCAGACUUUCAUUUAAAAACUCAAGCUUCCCUAGUUACUGACAACUUAAACUCCAUAUUUAUCAUAUCUGAGAGGGCAUAAGUUAAUUUCUCUUUAAAAAUAUAAUUUUUUCCUGAAAUGGACUCGACACAAAGUUCUCUUCUAAGUGUUGGUUGCUGCAAAAUGUUUCGACUUCAGACUGGAAGGUUUGUGGACACACAGUAUUUGUUCCUUCCUACCAGAAACCACCGUGGAUGAUUCUGACUAACAUCUCCAGAAUAAAAUGUCUUAGAUUCGGUUUCUUAGUUUGGAAGUUUAAAUAAAUGCAAAUCGUUGUUCUUUAAAAGUUCUGCCUCGUGUUCCUUAAAUUAGGAAUUUUUUAUUUGUUUAAAAAUCAUUUGAAGUAGAUGAUGUCUCUUGUUUAACUCUUUAAUAUUAAUAAAGUUUUUUUUAUGA